AUGGCUCGCGCAGCAGUCAUCCCACAGUCGCCGCCCAAGCGGACGACGCGCACAAGAACCAAGGGUUCGACGACCACUACAUCUGCUAAACCUGCGCCCAAAACGACAAAAGCCAGGGCACCUAGCUCUGCCACCGAAGCGAGGAAAAGAGGCAGCCGGACCACAGCAGCAGCAAGCAAGCCCGCGGAGGAAGAUGCGGAUGAGUCGACAGACGAUGAGAUUGGCAUGUUCUCCGAAAGGAAGACAACGACGGUAGCAAAACCUAAGGGCCGACCUCCGACUAAAUCCACAACUAGCACGACCGGUCGUGGUAGAAAGCCCACGCCCACUACAAACGCGGAAUCGGGCAGCGACAACGAUGAUGAGCUUGCUCAGUCUGACGCGCCAAAGAAGCGCGCUGGGAGACCGAGGACUAAGCCUGCGACGCCUGCAAAGACCGAAACCGCCCCAAAGACGCGAGGACGACCGAAGGGUUCUACAACAACAAAGUCGACCAAGCCAGUCGAUCCUGUGAAGGAGAACACACGGUUGAAUGCGAAAGGCUUCACGGACAUUGAUUUCUCUUCAUCGCGCGAAGCACCCAAGCGUGUGUAUAUUGCGACGAACUCUGCGACCGCGAGAUCGAACAUGCUGCGUGGACCAGCGAAGAAGAAGAAGGUUACAUUUCAGGAUCCGUCUGAUACUGCAGAAGAAGAAAUGAGCGAGCCAUCCCCCCCGCCGACUGCUGGAAGACGACGAGGAACAAUAGGGCCUGGACUCCAGGCGGGUCUUGCGUCUAAGCCAGUUCGCAAACCUGCAGCGACCUCCGCUAAGGGUCGGAAGCCGGGAACGGCUAAGAAGGAUGGUCCGAAACCUCUUUCGCCAAAGAAGACAACGCAGGUCGCCAAAGCGCUUUCGUCGUAUGUCGACUCGGAUGGAGAGGAUGACGAGCUAAGCGGCGACAAAGAUCAGGUCAAAUUUGUUGUCGACUCACCCCACAAACACGGAUCAGAGAAUACCGGCCUUAGUUCACCAGUAAAGAAAAUCAACAUCACUGGAAAGUUCCGGAAAUCACUUGACGAGAAUGGCGAGCCUCUGCCUGGCCCUAGACGAUCGAUCGACUUUAACGACACACUCCUUAUGUCCAGCCCUGCUCGACGACCACCCCCUUCGCCUUUCAAUUUCUCACUGAGGGAAACACCCAAGCGUGGAGCAUUCGCUCUUCGCGAUGACCCCAAAUCAUUAUCGCAGCCUCAUCUCUCCCCAACACAUAAUUCACCUCUCAAAUUGUCGCCCAGGAAGGCACACUUGGAGACCCCGAAGCGAGGCAGCGUCUUUUUAGACAGUGGCAGGCCUUUGUCGCAACCCAACUUUACCCCGGGGCACAAUUCUCCUCUCAAGGCGUCACCCAGAAAGGGCUUGUUCGGGGCGUCGUUCACGUCACAGGCCCAUGCCGAAUCCACGUCAACCCCAUUGAGACACAGUGUCUCCUUCCUCCAGAGCCCAGCAAAAAGAAUUGCUUCACCAUUCAAAAGCUCGCUGUCUGCAAGCAGAGGCCCCAUAACCGAGGAUGAUGAAGCUGACCCUAGAGAGGAUGUGGAAGAACCUGCUACUCCUGACGUCGACGAAUCGCCGCUUAGAAUGACCGAUUUCGAAGGAGCCAAGGAUUUUGAGAGUGAAGACGAGCAGGUUGAUGAAGAGCUGCCGGAGAGAGUGGAUGAUAACUAUGCGACCAAAGAAAUCGAUACGCAAUCCCCGGCCGUUGCAGAAGAGUCCGACGAAGACACUCUGCACGAAGAGGUUGAUCGGGAGCAGACCAUAGAGUAUGAGGAGGACGACAUGGGCAAUGCGGCUGAGGACGUCACGACACAUGAGGAACAUGUUGAUAGUGACGUUCCCAAUGACCAGCAUGUAGAAGAAUCUGCCGACGAGCUGGUCGAGGCCACUGAGGAGCCUAUGGAAGAGUUCGAGGAAGAGUUCGAAGAAAAGCUCAGAAACGACCCCGAGGAAGAACCUGCUGAUGAGCCCGUCGAGCCUAUGGAGGAGCCUAUGGAGGAAUACGCAGAGGCAACAGCUGAAGAAUUUGCUGUUGAGCCGACGGAGCAUAUCGAUGAGCUUGUUAAGGAACCCAUGGGAGAAUUUGCCGAGGAGUCAGUGGAGCCACCCAUGGAGGAGACCGAGGAGUCUGUCGAAGGAGAAGCGACAGAGCCUACCGAGGAACCCUGUGAAUCUCCCGUCAAAGAGCUCGUUACCGAGCCUGACGUUGAACUUGUCAGAGAAUCCGAGGCUGAGCAGACUCACUCAACGGGUGAAGAUGAGGAGAUUGGUGAGAACAGGGAUCAGAACGAGCCUCAGGAACAUACCACCGAAUACGCUGAAGAUGGCCAAGAGCUUGAUGCUGAGGUUCCUUCCCCCGAAACUAGAGAGGACACCGUGGAAAUGGAAGACAUUUCCGCUUCGCAGCCCGAGAAGGACCUGAGCCCAGCAAAGCACAGUGAGACGCGUGAACCCAUACUUGAAGGCGAGACUUCAGUCGGACAUGACCAGGAAAAUGCCGAGCAGCCCGAUCAAGAGGCAGAAGAGCAGACUGAAUCAGCAAAUCCGGCAACUGAGAAUGCUCCAGGUCCAGCCAACACAGGACUAAGAAGCAGCUUGGUUGAAGGCCUCGAGGAUGUAUUCGUCGAACACGCAGCAGCCCCCGAGCCUGUCAAUGAUGACCGUGAUGGCUCGGAGACGGAGGACGACCCGGAUAUGCUGGAGGCGAGCGACGAGGAGAAUGCUGCAGAAGCUUUUGACGACUUCGACGACGUGGACGACCAGUACACAUUCGAUGACAGCGAACCAACGCUCGUAGGCUUCGAAGCGACCGAGCGAAUCCCACCCAACCUCGUUCCCAUCCAGCCAUACGAGGUCGAAGAAGCGGAAGAUCCUUUCAGUCCUUCGCGCCAGGCUCAGAACGCCUCCAGACGCGUCCUUUCUCCUGUGCGUAUCCUUGAAAGCCAUAUCAGGCAAAGCCCUAUCAGACGCAGCACGAGGAAUGUUCCUACAGCUGCAGCAGCCAUGGGCAAUGGUACGCAAAAUAAUGUCGACCUCUCAGACCCAUUCGUUGAGCACAGUCAUGCAACGCCUCGUCGUAGAUCAACUCGUGGACUAGUCUUCGACAACGCCCCUCGUUUCACACCACUGGCGCAACAGUUUAGACAGUGGAAGUCUAAUAGCCCCGAGAAGGCGCAGGCGAGGCGCCCUCGUAGGGGUAUCUUCUCUUUGGGGGGCCGCAGGAGGUCUAGCAACGUUACUAGUACCUCUGAGGUUUCAUAUCCUGAUGUCUCCAGGCAAGCGGAAGCUUUAUCGUCCGAGCCGCAAAUUCCACAUCAAGAGCGGGAAGAUGUCGAUGCGCCUGAGGUUGCUGAAUCUGAAGAGCAGGAGCCUGAAACAAAUGAUGAGCUGGCCCACGAGGAGACUCCAAUGCCUGUUUCGCCUGUUUCGCCUGCGCCGCAGGAACAGAGCGAGGUCGUCGAUGUGCCUGAGUCCAAUGAGGAUCAGGAGCAGGAAGCGGAACCAAUGGCCGAGGACCCAAAUCAACCUUCAUCAGCCGAGUUGCCGACUCCGCAAGAAGAUUUGAAUGAUUUUGAUAUGACUCAACCUGAGGAGCAAGAUCAGGAUCCGGAACUAGUCGGUGAUGAGCCAAGCCCCGAGAAGGCUUCAUUGCCCAACUCGCCUAUUUUGGAGGAAGACAGCAAUGAUGCCGAUAUGCCUGCUAUUUAUGAGGACGAGCCGUCACAGCCCAUUGGCGACAUGCCCAGCCAAGUGGAGGCUUCGUUGGCUGAACCUGACACUUUGCAGAAAACUGACAAGCAUGCUGACAUCCCCCAAAUCUACGAAGAUGAAGAUCAAGGUUCGCAACUAGCGGGCGAUACUGAGACCCUCGAAGAGCCGUUGGAGCAGCCCGCAGAGGUAGUUGAGAGCAGCCAGGAGGCUGUGACCGAUGCAAGCGAGGAUAAGGAGAACAUGUACGCAGUGCCGUCAGUGCCUGACAAUCUUGCUUCUGAGGCGCAGCCAGGGAAGGAAAGAGAGCUCGAGGAUAUUCCUGUUCUUGCACCUUCUACACCAGUGAAGAACAGAAUUCCUGAGAUGCAGACUGUACACACGGUUUCUAAGGUUCCACUCAAGCCCGAAGGCCAAAUAUCACCGUUGAAGAUGUCGCGUAAGCGUGGUCUUUCGCUCUCUGCCUCUUCCCCAGGGCGGUCCUCCAGACUCCGCAUGUCGAUUGCACCCAUCGCGCAGAAUGCGCCCCAGCUCUCACCUCGCAAAUCGCCCCGACUACAAAGAACGGUUGCGCGCCAGUCACUCGGUCAAUCGCAUACUCCUGAUACAGCUAAGAAACAUGUCGAGGCUCAAAGGCCUGCACCGCCCAAGCGGCCCUCGUACUCUCCCAGCCCUAAGAAGAAAACGAAAACGCCUCGCACAAGCAUCACCGCUCCUAAGCUCGCCCUACAGGGUUCUGUUGUAUAUGUUGAUGUGCACACAACCGAGGGAGAGGACGCCAGUGGCAUUUUCAUUGAGCUUCUGCAGCAAAUGGGAGCCCGAUGCGUGAAGAACUGGUCGUGGAACCCUCGCGCCAGUGUAUCUCCGGAGGAGGGAACAGAGCCCAAGGAGGGCAAAGUGGGAAUCACCCAUGUCGUCUACAAGGAUGGAGGUGUUCGAACUCUGGAGAAGGUCCGACAUGCCAGAGGCCUUGUCAAAUGUGUUGGAGUUGGCUGGGUCCUUGACUGCGAACGCGAGAACAAAUGGCUCGAUGAGGCACACUACGAAGUCGAUCUGUCUAUUAUUCCCCGUGGUGGUGCGAAGCGUCGCAAGAGCAUGGAACCACGCGCUUUGAGCAACGUCAACGGCACUCUCGUCAAGACCGACGCAGCGAGUGCAUCUGCAAACCGCAGACGGUCCAGCCUUGCCCCUCCCAAAGAAUCCACCCCCAGAGAUGCGACACCCUCUUCGCGUGAUGAACCAUCUACCCCCGACGCCACUCCUAAGAUUGGCGCCGGUCACACGGAAGCAGACCAGCGGUACUGCCACACGCCCAAGACCCCUGGCUACACCUUUGACAUGGAUGCCAUUGGCAUGUCACCGGCCACACCAUUCUACCUGUCGCAGCGGACGAAACUCGUGCAACAGACCUGUCCUCCGAAGCAGACCCGGCAAGGGCUCUUUACAACGCCGGCUGCGGCGCGCGAGCCAAACCAGAAGCUGCGGGCCAAACUGGAGGCGGCCAGACGAAAGAGUCUGGCGUAUAAGCCACGAGUGGGAAGCCCCCUUGUUGAGUAG